AGCCUGUGUCAGUGACUUGUGAGUGUGUAAAAAAAAUGACAUUUGUUCGUGGUGUCUAUCUGUCAAAAAACGAAAAACACACAUUACUGUAGUGCAAAAAAAAAAAAACAAAAUUCCAAUGUUCUGAGUUUUUAUUUCUCGUUUUCUAUAUUAAUUUUCCUUUUCUAGUAGAUAUAGAUUUUCCUUGAAAUAUUAUUUUUAUUUUAAAAAAUGGCCUGGACACAUUAUCAAAAGGUCCUCGCUCUUUUGAUGGUAAUUACAGGAUCUUUCAAUACUCUCUCAGUAAAAUAUGCAGAUAAAUUAACGUCGAAGGGAAAAGAUGGAGAACUCAGACACUUUACACAUCCAUUUAUGCAGUCGGCUUUUAUGUUUGUCGGCGAAAUGAUGUGUUUAUUAGUAUUUAAACUCGCAUUUUGUUACUAUAAUCGACAGGCGAAUGGCUCUGUUGAAACGAAUGCGUUAACAAAAGGCUCACGUGAUUUUAAUCCAAAGAUUCUUGCAAUCCCUGCACUUUGUGAUACAAUUGGAACUUCAAUAAUGUACGUGGGAUUGACAAUGACCUACGCAAGCAGUUUUCAAAUGCUCCGAGGCUCAGUUAUUAUAUUCACUGGAAUUCUGUCCGUUGCAUUCCUUGAACGUAAAUUGGGAACACAAAAAUGGACGGGAAUAAUUUUAGUGCUUUUAGGUUUAAUUAUCGUUGGUUUCACUGAUUUUCUCACAAUGAAGAGUGAACAGAAGGGAACAAAUUCUGUUGUUACUGGCGAUUUACUUAUUAUUUGCGCUCAGGUAAUAACAGCGACACAAAUGGUAAUCGAGGAGAAAUACGUGGCUGGCAAAGAUAUUCCUGCCCUUCAAGCUGUUGGUUGGGAAGGAAUUUUCGGAUUCAUCGGCAUCUGUCUGGCACUGAUUCCACUUAAUUAUAUUCACGCACCGCCGCCUUUUACGGACAAUUCGCAAGGAACACUAGAAGACUCUAUCGAUGCUUUGAUUCAAAUAAGCAAUAACGGCCGACUCUUUAUGGCAAUAAUUGGAAUUAUGUUCAGCAUCGCAUUUUUCAAUUUCGCUGGAAUUAGCGUCACUAAGGAAUUAAGUGCAACGACAAGAAUGAUUUUGGACAGUGUUCGAACUCUCGUGAUUUGGGCAAUUUCCCUUAUUUUGGGCUGGCAAAUUUUCCACUAUUUACAGCUCUUUGGUUUUGCAUUUUUAAUCAUUGGAAUGUGUCUCUAUAAUGACGUAAUUAUACCGCAAUUGACGAGAAAAUGUCUCUGUUGUCUAUCGCGUUUAUUAAGAACACGAUCGCAAUCACCGGACGAGGAACAAAUCGUCAACACAGCCGCUGACGAUGUGGAAAAUCCUUAAGAACAAAGAAGUAACUUCCUUAUUUCUCGACAAUAUUUCCACUAUUUUUUUUUUACUUCUCUCUUUGUCUCUAAUUAUAUAAGUUUUUUACAAACGAAAAAAUACUUUUGACCAUUUUAUAUAUGUAUUUUUUUUUUAUACAAUAUAAAAUAAAAAAAUAUAAAUAAUGUUACCCCUGCGGCGAAGACAAUUUCGCAAAAAAAUAAUGUGAU